UCCAUGAUUGUCAGCCUGACCCCAGUCGUGGCAUCCAGUGCUCCGCAUCUCCCUGAAACUCCUCCAGCCGUGCCCUCUGAGGCACAUCCACAGCCAGGGCCCUCCAGGCACCUUCGCCUCCUUUCCUCAGAGGGCCUGAGCUGCAGGGAACUAAAGAAACAAAAUUCAGCUCAUGUUAGGCUGGUUGUGGCCACUGGAGAUGCUCCCAUCCCACCAAUGCCCCCCACCACCAUCUUUCCCCACUGGGUCCCCACAUCUUCCUGCCCUGGACAGGAAGACAGAGCUGCAUCAGGGCAGUGGUCUGGGCCGUCACCCCCUCUCAGCACCUUCUCCCUUCACAGGUGCCUUGGCUUUGGGGCUGGAAGACUUAGGGACACUUGCCGGCAUCAGAGUCCCAGCAGGACCUGCCUGGCCAUCCCAGCACCAUGAGCUCCGACAGGUCCCUGGAGGAGAACAGUGAGGGCCACUCAAAGGCAACGAGCUGGAAGGCCACGGUGAGAGAUGCUUUCAAAGACAUUUCCAUAUACUUCUCCAAGAAAGAAUGGACAGAGAUGGGAGACUGGGAGAAAAUCCGAUACAGGAAUGUGAAAAGGAACUAUGAAGCACUGGUCGCUAUAGGUCUCAGAUCUCCUCGACCAGCUUUCAUGCGUCGUCACAGGCAGGCCAUCAAGCCCCAGGUGGAUGACACUGAGGAUUCUGAUGAAGAAUGGACGCCCAGUCAGCAAGUCAAACCUCCUUGGAUGACCUUCAGAGUGGAACAGAGUAAAUACCAGAAGGGAACAUCCAAGGCGCCACGAAGUGGUGAAUCUAGUUUGAAGAAAUUCUCAAAAACAGCAAACUUUCUGAACAUAAGUGGCUCAGAGCAGGCCCAGAAGCCAGUAUCCCCUCCUGGAAAAACAAGUACCUCUGGACAUCACUGUAGACAAAAAAUGGAACGUGGAAGAAAGGAGACUGAAGUAAAGACAUACAGCCUACGAGAAAGAAAGGUCUGCACAUACCAAGAGGUCAGCGAGCCCCAGGAUGACGACUACCUCUAUUGUGAGAAGUGUCAGAACUUCUUCAUUGACAGUUGUACUACUCAUGGCCCCGCUACAUUUAUAAAGGACACUGCAGUGGACAAGGGAUAUCCCAACCGCUCAGACCUCACUCUGCCCCCUGGGCUGAAAAUCAGACCAUCGAGCAUCCCUGAGGCUGGGCUUGGAGUGUGGAAUGAAACAUCUGAUCUGCCACUGGGUCUGCACUUUGGCCCCUAUGAGGGCCACAUCACAGAAGAUGAAGAGGCAGCCAACAGCGGGUAUUCCUGGCAGAUCACCACAGGAAGAAACUCCUAUAAGUAUGUGGAUGGAAAGGAUAAAUCUUGGGCCAACUGGAUGAGGUAUGUAAACUGCGCCAGGGAUGAUGAUGAGCAGAACCUGGUGGCUUUUCAGUAUCACAGUCAGAUCUUCUACAGAACCUGCCAGGUCAUCAGGCCAGGCUGUGAACUGCUGGUCUGGUAUGGAGACGAGUAUGGCCAGGAGCUGGGCAUCAAGUGUGGAAGCAAGUGGAAGGGAGAGCUCACAGCACAGAGAGGUGGGCACCACUGUUCUUUAAAGUGGAAAGAAAUUAAAGGAUUCUUGGGAAUUUCAUAGUCCAACUCUUAAGAAGAGUAAAAUCCAGAUAAAGUCAGUAAA